GCGUCCGAACUCUGCACGCCGCUACGGCGUUGGCCUUCCCGGGUUCUCGUCCGGCCUCCCCCCGGGGACCCAGCGGCCCCUUCCCAGGCUCGUGCCCCUGCUGCUGGCCGCCGCCACGUCUAGAGACUCCUCCUUCAGCUCAAUUCUGCGGGACCUGAUGUCCGUCUUGGAGCUCUUCACCCCUCCCAGCUUUGCCAUAAGCGCAGUACGGAGAACCGUCGCCUGGAAGUGCUGCACGCAAACUCCUUUGCGGGCGCAGCGCUAAGGCUGGGGACGUAGACGCGGGCGGGGCUCGCCUCGGGCCUGGGUUCGGGCCGCCCAGGAGGAGAGCGCGGCCUUGCGUUCACUCAGAGCCAAACCCUCAGCCUUCUGUGUGUCUUUUACUUCGUUGACUUGGAUUUUUCUUCCCCUCUUUAUAUGAGGAAACAAGCUGAGAGAGUUGAAGUCACUUGCCUACGACCAUACAGCCAGUAAAUGGAAAGCCAGAGGCCUCUGAUGUGACUAGGGCUAGAAAGCUGCAAGAUUGGCUUUUGUCCCAAACCAUUUGUAGCUAUGCAUUUGCCAGACGAGAGUCAGUGGGAUGAAACCACCUGCAAGUUGGCUAUUUGUCAGCAUCCACAGUGCUGGGCAACGAUCCGCCGGAUUGAGAGGGGCCACCCUCGAAUCCUGGGCACCCCCCGCAAAACAACUAUCGAUGAUGAAGACAAACUCCCGAUGCUCACCAUUGUAAACAUGUCAGAUUCCUGCAUACGGGCCAAGAGACUUGCUCAUCAUCAUUUAUCAGGAUUUACCUUUACCAAACCUCCCUCUUUAUUGUGUCCUGGUUCAAAGGUUCACUCCAAAUUUCAAGGCAGGCCUCAGAAGGAUUUACCUAACAAAGAUGUAAUCGGCAAUACUGAUAGAUCUCCUAAAGUAAAUCACAGAUUAACAAAGCUUUCAGUGCUGAAUUUGAAUGAGACACAACUUCCCAGCCCUCAAGAUGUUAGAAAUAUGGUUGUAAUCUGGAUCCCAGAACAACCAGAGAAGCAGAUGAGUCCAGCUGAGAAGAAGCAUGUUGUUCCCAGCCAGGACUGGAGGAAGGGAAGAAUGAAAUCUACAGUGAAAGACAGUUUUCUCAAUGAAAAGCAGAAAACAGAAACACAGCUGGGACCUCCGGAGAUGAUUGUGCCCCCUCCGUCGCCAGUAAACUUUUUUGAGCAACUAAGUACAGAGUCCAUACCUUUCUGGAACCAGUUUGACAUGGUCCCUCAGGAUCUACUGAAGGACCUCUUGCCCAAUGAAGGGAAAACCAUGCCUUCUCUGGAGAUGAAGACACAAUUGGCCAUGAUGAAGAAGAAACCACCCCUGGAAAAGAGCCGACCCGACAGUGCCAUUUCUGCUAAGAUGUUUUUAUCUGUACACCGUCUCACCCUGCAGAGACCAGCAUUGAGAUAUCCUAAACAUUUGAAUAAAUUCUAUUAUAACCUAAACACAGAAGGUCACAAGAAGCAGCAGUGGCAGCAGAAGCAGCUGCAGCAGAAGUUGAAAACACCACCUAGGAGACAGAUACAGAGAGUUCCUGUCAGCUUGCAGGAGGCCAAAAAGAAACCCAAGAGUGAUCCCGGGAGCCAGGACAUUUUGCACAAAUGUUCAGGUGCCGUGGCUUAUGGCCCACGCUAUGGUCACAGAACUCUACUGGGUCGGAAAAGUGACAAAAAGCAGCCACAGCGGGAUGAAGUCAGAAGGACCCACCUCGAGACAGGAUUCCAAAAGGAGAUCACAGGUGGAAUACUCUGAGAAUUAUCCGGAUUCCUUUCCUGAUAAGGAUGAUCCUGAGUUAUCCAAGACAGAACCCUCUAAAAAGGACAUCAGUGCUCAGAAGGCGGUUGUGCUGGCAUCCCAAGGGAGGAGCCCAGAGGACCUUUCAGACAGCACAUCUAGAAGAAGGUGGAGCCCUGAGCUCAAACUGCUGAGGAUUCUUCAGGCCACUGAUGAUGAGGAUGAGGAGGACCAACUCUCUGGGUCACAGAGCGCAGAGUCUUUCAAGACUUCACAGGGCAGCCUGACUCCAGAUUAGGAUGCUUAGAAUCCUGAGGACCCCAACCUUGGACAUAAGAGCAGAAAAGAGAGAGGACUUCUGCUCCCUGGAGCCUUUACCAGGGCCUGACUGCAGGGAUUCGGCUUUCUUCAUUCACUUCUCCUUCCCUCUAAAAUAAGUGAGGGAGAAAAAGCCUCACCCUUUUUAAACGUAGAUUAUUUCUCUUUCAUUAGGGACAGAAUAAUUUUAGUAAUUAAACAAAACUGCUAAUUAA